UUUUUUUAAAUAAAAUUUAAAAAACUUACCAAUAAAGAGUUUGAAAGGGUUUUCUUCCUGGUUUUCAGAAACUCUGCACUAAACCCUACACUGACUCUCCCACAACCAUGAAGCUCCUGAUUCAAUCAAUUUUUGGUCACCGGAGUCCACUACUUCGAGGGUUGAACCGCCGUUACUUCGCAGCCUCCACCGAGGAGUACGCCAAGCGAAAUUACGCUAAUAAUGUCUCAGAAUACAACACUGUUGUUGGCUCUAUCACUGCUCAACGCAGGCAUUUUCUACUGAGGGAUGUGUAUGAUGAUAUGAUGCUGGAUGGAAUACAGCCUACACGAGACACAUUCCAUUCGUUGAUCGUUGGGACUAUGAAAGGCUCUCGCUUGCAUGAUGCUUUCUACUUUAGAGAACAAAUGAAAGGCAUGGGUUUGGUUCCUGAUGUAAGAGAAACCUUUUUUUUUUCUUCUAAGUUAGACUUUGUUUCUUUUGAUUUAGAAUUGGUGAAUUCGAUGGUGGAGAGUGAGUGUAUGCUAUUCCUUUUCUUGUUUCUCAUGCGUCAGCUCUCUUUUCAUUUGAUUGAAGAUGACUGUGAGAAGUCUUCUGAAAGACUGCUUGUAUAUAUGCCAGACACCAAUUAUCUACUACAAUCUAUAUUGUCAAUUUUUACAGUCGUUGCUAAUUGUCCUGAUGAACUAACUCCCAAUAAUGACAUGCUGCUGGCGCUUUUGGUUAAGCUUUUGGAGGAAAUGAAGAUAUAUGAAGUGAAGCCAAAUGGACAAACCUAUGUCUGCCUACUUAACGCUUGUGCAGCAGCUGGUCGAUUGGAUCGAGUUCGUGCAAUUGUCCGUGAUAUGACUGCUGCUGGCGCUGGUUUGAACAAGUUCUGCUAUGCAGGACUGAUCACUGUACAUAUGAACAAGACACCGGUGUCAGAUGAUACAGCUACCAAAAUAAUCGAGUUUGUUGAGCAGUCAAAGGGAUGGUCAUCUGCUGACUCAUCAAACUACAAUGCUGAAAAUGUGAUGAUGGGUGUUACUGAAGAGGAAUUGUACAAUUUACCUACAGCUGAUUAUGUCAAUAGGCGUGGAGGAUUCUUGACCCGGCAACUAACUGUAUAUCAUGUUGCGCUUCAUGCUUGUGCAGAACUUAGGAAUGUUCAAGCAAUGGAAACUCUUUUAGAAAUGCUUAAGAAGGAUGGAAAGUAUCCUGAUGUCUUCAUUGUGAUGCAAACAAUGAGGUGUUAUUUACGUUCUGGAGACAUUGAUAAUGGUCUUAGAACUUUUGAAGAAUACAUGAAUUCUGGGAAAACUCCUGCAAUAGAACUAUACACAACACUUGUCGAUGGAGCAAUGAUAGGCUAUACUCCCAAGGGAAUGCAAAUUGCUCAAGACACACUGGUAAAUAUGAAUUCCAGAAACUUUUUCUUGAGUCCUAAACUAGGAAGUGAUCUACUCCUUGUAGCAGCUGGUGAAAAGACUGGUGGAUAUACGACAGCUAAUUAUAUAUGGGACUUGAUGCAAGCUCGUAAAAUAACCCCUUCAUUUCCAGCCGUGGAAGCAUAUUAUAAUGGGCUAAAAGAACGCGAGAUACCUUCAGAUGAUCCUCGGCUGUUACUAGUUUCCCGUACUUACGAUAACCUACGCCUGAGAAUUGGAGGUGGACAACGACAAUAAUUUGUUAGAUAAGGAACAGAAUGAUGAUGAUGAUCCUAUCUGUAUCAAACGGAAAUGCCAUUUGGAGUGACAAUAGAACUUCAAGAGAGGCUUUGGUAGUCGAGAUACGACAUAUGAAGUGAUGUUCGGAGCAUAUUGGGAUCUUUUUAUGUCUUGAAAUUUUGAUGCUUUUGUAAUCUGGUUAUUACUUUGCUGUUCCAUUAAUUAAAUAAUUGAAACAGAGAAAAAUAAAUGUUUUCUAUCCUCUUGCUGGUAAUUAAACAGACGAAUAAACUCAUUAGUCCGAUAUGUGGGUAAUGUUUUUUGUUGUAUGCUUUAAAAAUUAAAUGAGAUAAAGCAGGGAAUGAGAAUUGUUUGCCAA